AUGACAAUUGGUCGAAAAUCUGAAGGACCCAUCCAUGUGGAUACCUGGGGAAAGAGCUAUAGAACAGAAGAAACAGCUGGUGCAAAGGCCCUGGGGUGGUUGCAAGCUUGGGCUCUGCAGCUUUAUCUGGAGUGUAUCAGGGGUACAGCGUGGUCCCGCAGCAGCAGGCCUCCAGCACAAACAGUGCUAUCUCCACAACCAGACACUAGCCCUGAGUGCAAUCUCCAGAAAGGCGACAACAGGACCGGAGUGCCACUCCCUGCCAUUGCUGCUUCUUCUGCCACCGUCACCACCCUUAGGCCACCUGCCGAGGAGCAGGAAAGGGUGCCACCUCACCUAGGCCUAGGAGGACUUACCACCAUCUCCCCCACUGUCCUGCCUAGUUCCUGGCACUUGAGAAGCAAACUGAGGCCCAGAGAGGAAAGAAGAAUUGCUCAAAGUUCCAUGCUUUGUAAGGGCCAGAGGCAGGCUUUGAAUCCAGUUUUUCUGACCCAGCCUCUUCGUGGAAUGAAGAUGCUCAGAGAAGUGGAAGCCGUAGACAAAGAGCCUCAGUUUCUUUGCAGUUUGUCCUGUAAAGCAGGAGUCCCCAACCUCCAGGAUCUAAUGCCUGAUGAUCUGAGAAGUGACGGCCAUGGUCAUGACCAAGGUGCAUCCACAGUAGUGGGUCUGGCCAUGAGGAAGAGAAACCUGCAAUGUCAGACCAAGGACUUCAUCUGGACAAGAACGAUACUUAAUGCUUAUGCAUUUGAUCUCAAGUAGAUUUUUAUCUGCCCGUGGCCACUGCAGGGGUGUCAGGGAAUGUCACAUAUCACACAUUGCAGGGGGACGGGGGUUGGUAAUUGUAUUUCCAACACCUUCCUGUCUGAAGAGCAGGGCUGUCCAGUGGGACUUCCUUCGAGGGAGAAAAUGCUCAAUAUCUGUGUCGUCUUAGGAUGGAAGGCCCUGGUCACAUGUGGCCCCUGAGCACUUGAAAUGUGGCUAGUUCACACUAUGUCUUGAAUUUCAACUACUUUUAAUUAGUUUGAAUUUAAAUAGCCACACAUGGCUAGGGGCUAUCAUAUUGGAGAGGGUGGUUCUAAUGACUAGCAACAUCAGCAUCACCUGAGAGCUUAUUAGAACUAAGCCCCACCCCAGAUCUGUGGAAUCAGACUGAGCAUUGUAACAAGAUCCCAGGUGAAGCAUAUUAGCAAUUGAGAAGGGUUUCUCUGGAGCGCAGUCAAGAACAAAGGAGGUGAGAAAACAGAAAGCAAGGAAUAAAGCUAGUGGACAGAAAGAACAAUUAUCAUCAAAUCUUUGUAUCUUUCACACAGCAUUUAUCUGGGGGGUAUUGAUGCUUACUUUGGAGUCCAUUCUCACAGCACUGGCUGUGGGAUAUUUUUUUC